AUGGGUAUUCUUGCUCCCGCCCGCUUGGAGACUCUGGACUUUCGAAAGCUAUUACAAAGAGAUCAAUUUGAGCUUACCAAGCUUCUCAAAGCUUGCCAACAACAAGGUUUCUUCUACCUUGACCCUGCGGAUUUGAAUUCUCCUCGAGGCUUCGAUGACCGCUUAGAGGCCAUCUCUGUGGCGCAAAAAUGGUUCGAUCGUCCGCUUGAAGAGAAAAUGAAGGUUCACCAGGACUCUGUGACUAAAGGAUAUAAGCCUCCGGGAACUUCGCCUGGUGUAGUAAAGAACAUGAAGGAUGGAUACGAGAGUAUGAAAAUGCCUCGAGAUGAUUUCAUUAGCGGUUCAAGAUUUCUCCCAGAAGGUCUGAAAGCGGAUAUUGAACUAUUCCGCCGCGAUCUCGAAUUCUCCCAUUACAUCACAACAACUAUUCUGUCUUGUCUUUCGGACCUUCUGAGUCCCACGCCACGCUUUGAAGACCACCAUUGCGGCACCGAAGCCUCCCAAUCUACAAUGAUAUACUUUCGCUAUCUUAAGCAGGCCGCCGGGAAGAGUAACAGUGGCGUAGGCCACAACAAGCACACUGACUUGGGGACUUUGACUCUUCUCUACUCCCCGCAAGGAGGCUUACAAGUAUAUGAUCAAGCCUCGAGCAAGUGGAAGUACGUCGCAACACAACCCGGAUGUUACAUCGUCAAUGUUGGUGACGCUCUACGCUUCCUCUCCGGAAAUCAGUUGCUCAGUGCUAUUCAUAGAGUUGUUCCAGCACCGGGAUAUGAGAUGGAGCAUCGUUACUCGUCUGCUUACUUCCUUCGCCCGCAAAACAAGGCCACGUUUCAGACGAGUGAAAACACUUUUGUAUCGGCGCUGGAUUGGCAUGAUACAAAAUAUCGCAUCUUCAAGGCAAGUCAUGAGGAGCAGGAAAAGAAUACCAUUCUCACUGGGGGAUUUGACGUCCAAGAAUGA